CUCUGUUUUUCUUCUCGUCGUCGUUGUUUUUUUUUUCUUAAAAAGUUGGUGCUUCGUCGAUCGUGUGCACGCUGGAGUCCCAUCACCGCUAAGUUUUCAUGUUGAUUGUUGAAUUUUAUUAUUGUUGGUAAUAUAUCCAGAUUUGCUAUCAUCAUGGAAGGUAGUAGUUCAGAGGUCAGAUGUGGGUGUAAAGGAGUGCGUGUAUGUUUACUAUGUGAAGCUGAGAAACAGCAAAUCAAGACCCAAAGCCUGCAUUCUAUUGCUACCAAUUAUGAGGAGUAUGUAUAUUGUGAGGACUGCCUUAAAGCAUGGGCCUUAUCUUCAGAGCUGAUUCAACAUCCAAACCACCAAGGAAAAGUCUUAGAUUUCCCUGGUGUCUGCAUUAUUUCAGAAUUUAUAACAGCAGAAGAAGAGAAAAACAUAGUUCAUGAAAUCGACAGUACAAAAUGGAAGGAAUCUCAGUCUGGAAGAUUAAAACAGGAUUAUGGUCCAAAGGUGAAUUUCAAAAGGAAGAAGGUGAAGAUGCAGCAGUUCACAGGUUUGCCUCAUUUCAGCUGUGCUUUGUACAACCGUAUGAUUUUGUUAGAUGAACUGAAAAACUUUGUCCCUGUUGAACUUUGCAACCUUGACUAUAAUCCCUCCAGAGGAUCGGCCAUAGAUCCCCAUUUUGAUGAUUUCUGGUUGUGGGGUGAACGUCUAGUGACAUUAAAUCUACUCUCUGAUUCCUACCUUGCUAUGACUAGUGACAAAGUUACAGGUGAACAAAGCAUAUUGGUGAGAGUGCCACUACCUCGCAGGAGUUUGGUCAUCCUUCAGGGUGAUGCCCGACAUGUAUGGAAACAUUCAGUACCACGUAGCGCAAUUGUUGCACGCCGAAUAGCAAUCACGCUCAGAGAGCUUUCGGAUGAGUUUCAAGCCGGUGGACGUCUUUCUGAGCAGGGUAAUGAAUUAAUAGAACGUGCUUUAACAUUUAAAGGUACUGCUGUUAAAUAGUUAUAAGUUUAUUUUCUUAUAAUUAUUUUUAUAGAAAUUCAUAGCACUUUUUUCACUUUGGUAACAACAUCCUUGUUAAUAUCUAAAUUGGGCGCUUUCUUAAAUUUUUCCUCCUCCAUUGAGAAAAAGAAAUAUGACCAACAGAUGUCAUCUGAGUCUUCUAUUAACAAACAUCUUGUUCUCUAGUAGAUUCAAGAGAGAGGGGCCUGACUGUAGUCUAGCUAUGUCUGUGCUAGUCUAGGCCUAGACGAAAUAAUUAGGCCUAGCUUAUAUCAUGCCUUGUACCAAGGUGUACGUUUGUUUUUACCUGAUCGAUUUCUAAAACAUGCCAUUUAUUGCUGAUGUUUUUGAGGCUAUCAGUAUUAAUAUAUUCAGUAUACAAUGGGUAUAAAUGACGUAAAGCAUGCGUGGUGACAUAAAGAAGCUGUAAGGCAGACUGUUUCUUUUACGGCCUGACGCGAUAUUUCUUAAAUCUGAGUACUGCUUAGUCAAGUACUACCUUAAGGGUGACAUUCAGUUGGUGGGGCGUACGGCGAAGAAAACAUUGAAAUUUGAAAACGCGUAAAAGAUGAACGAGGACGAAAAAUGAAAAUAUGUUUUUUUGUUUUUUGGAUUUUCAGUUAUUAAAAAUUUGAAUGAGAACAAAUUUUUGGACAGUUAAAUAAUAACUUUCCUGUAUUCGCUUGCAUUCAGUUUAUCCUAUUGGCUGCUAGUCAAUUUAAGGAUUUGUGUACUGUAUAAUGUCUGUAAAUCUGAAAACUUGUUUUUCAAACUAUUUCUCAUUGAAAGCUAAUUUCAAAUUAUAUUUGAAUUUUUAAGGUACAGUGCCUUUUUUGUGACCUUGUAAAUUAACUUUGUAAAUAUUCUAAAGUAGGAUGUGCUAGAUUGAAAUUUUGUCGAUUUUGAGAAAAUAUCAUUUGUGAGUAUAAUAGACUCUUCUGAAUUACUUGUGAAAAUUUCAGGUCUCAACAAUGAGUUGUUUCGGAGAUAGCACUACCUAUCAUUAAGCACAAAACUUACAAUGUAGUGAUUUUAUUAUGUGGUAAAAAUAUGUAACUGCAAGAUUACGGGGGAAAACAAUGUAUCUACGAUGAAGAUACAUUGCUUUGCCUCGGAAUGGUAAUCAAAAAUUCUAAUGUUAGCAACUCUAGUUACUUUUUAAUUCUAGUUCCUGCAGUUGUAAAGCUUCUUUCCUUUCCAAAGCUUUGGCUCUACAUUUUAGUUUAAAAAUUUAAGAUUAUGCAAAGGUAAGCUCGCAGUCGAUGCCAACGGAGGUGACAGGUUCUCGUUCUGACAGGAUUCUACAGGGGUUCAGCUGACUUUAGAGGUCCUCUUGCAUACUCCACAAGGGGUUAUCUCUCUUCCACCACUCAUAAUUAACUUAUUGGAUGGUUGCCUUGAAAGGCAUAGGCAUAUCUGGGGCCUUAAAGUAUGUCUCUGCUUCAGCAUUAGGCACCAAGUCCUUUAACAUCUUCUUCUGUUUGUCGGUCAAAACGUUGGUGCGUUGCACUUUCCACCACUCCAGUACCUCGGUACUAUAGGGAAUGCCCUCAAGCUUAAGUUGAGGGUUCCUGGGUGCUAAUGCUGGCUUAUAUGGCUGUUGAUCUUUGGGCGUUUCAAACUUCCCUUCCUCAGGCUCUGCCAUGAUCGACAUUACGUCAUCCUCUGAUACAUGUCGCCUACGAGACCUCGGCCUCUUGUCGCUAUCUGAUGAGCUAAAUGAGCGAUUCUUGCCUACCUCGACUACCUCAUUGUGACGAGUCUUGUCGAGACCGUCUACCCUGUGUAUGAGAGAAAGACCUUGAGCAUGAUCGUGAAUGGUGCCCCAUGUUCAUGAGGGUAUCGUUUAGCCUGUCUAGUCUUACAUCCAGCAUCGCCUCCUAAUGAUUCGAAACCGAAAGAGGACGCAGUAUAACUGUGUUUCCUCACAAAAGAAACACGCCAAGUAAAUUCUGGAUUCAAAAUUGUGUGAUUUUCCAGGCCUAGCAGGUAAUGGGGAGUUCUGUCCACCAGUCAGCAUGAUUCGCCGAUGCAGGUUAUUCCCCAUUUCGGGUUUAAAUGGACUUCUUUAUCUGCCAUUAUCGGCUUCUCUAUGUUACGUAGAUUCUAUUUUGCACUUUUAAGUGUCUUAUUAAUCUUGUGAAAACAGCAAUUUCGUGACUUUGGUCACCGAAUAUUACUUAGCACGCACAUAUCGCAUUGAUUAUGACUACGCAUGCGCAACUGGACUCUCAUGGAAUCUCGAGCAAGUUUCAAAAUAAACUGAUUAUAUAAAUUUAAAUAAAAAUAUAAUUUUACUUUUGGCCAAUUAGUGCACCGCCACCACAAAAAAAUGGAAAUUUCUGAAAAAAAUUAAAGUUUUUCUUUAUUUUUAUUACGUCUGCAUUACAUGACAACUGUAAACUCAACAGUAGUGUACUUGAGAAGGACCACUAAAAAUAAAAUGAAAGACUACUAAAAAUAAAAUGUGCAAUUAACAUAAUUAUAUAAAAAUCUAUUUUUAAUCAAAAGUUCUAAGU